UUAAUGAUCUCCCGUUGAAAUGGAGUCUCUUCCCAUUAAUUUAGAGACUUCGCGAGGUUACUUCGAUUGGACAAUUCUAAAGAGCAAACUAAACCCAAUCUAAGUCGUCAAAGCUAGUUCUUUGGGAUAGAUGAAUUAGCCUAGAUAUUUAAGAGGAAGAGGAACGGUGACUCCAACUGAAAAAUGAUGCAGUUAACAG